UAGGUGGCGCAAAUUAAUCAUGGCGGCAAAUAAGGAGGCAAUAGCAAUUGUGCUAGAUGUUGGACCCUCCAUGAACUCUGCCCCACCUGGAGUGGCCACACCCCUUGAGACAGCUCUAGAAGCCAUCACUAUGAUUCUGCAGCGUAAGAUGUUUGCAGAGUCAAAGGAUGAGAUAGCUUUGAUACUGGUGGGCUCUGAUGACACGGAUAAUCCACUCGCAAACGGAGAAUGCUACGAGCAUAUUUCUAUAGCCAAUCCUCUUGGCAUCGUGGACUUUGACUUCCUUCAGCUUGUACAGAAUGACAUCAAGGCUAGCAGUACCGCAGGAGAUUUUCUGGAUGGGAUAGUUGUAGGAAUGGACCAUCUGGUAAAUGCCGUGCAGGGUAAGAAGGGAUUUAACAACAAGCGUCUGAUAUUGAUGUCGGAUCUCGGAGGAGAGUUCGGUGACGAUCAGCUUGACAGUAUCAUUGCCAGUAUAAAAACCUCGGAGACAGAAUUAAACGUCAUUGGUCCUGACUAUGAGGAGGAUGAUGAGGACGGUAGCGGGGAUAAAGGCGGGGCACAGAACGGUUCAGCAAAACCUAAAACUCCACAACAGCAAGCUGGAACUGCUCUCAUUAAAUACAUCCUGGAUGAAGUGGAUGGAGAAUGUUAUUCUUUCAGUGAGGCACUACCAGCCCUGGCGUAUUUUCAGUCGAGGCAAGUGCGGCCAACAGCAUGGAAAUGUCCUUUGGAGAUUGGACCUGAUCUCAAGAUACCGAUCAAUGGUUAUGUUAAGUUGAAGGAUUUCAAGCUGAAACAGUCUUGGAAGAAGGUGUAUGCUAAGGACACUGACAUGGAGGUUGGAACAUUGAGAACAUAUCACAAAAAUGAUGAAGAGGAGACAGAGGUGGACAAAGAGGAUAUGGUAGAAGGUCAUCGCUAUGGUAACACACUGGUCCCAAUGACAGAUGAUGAUAAACUAAACAUGAAAUACAAGGCAGAGAAAUGUUUCAAAGUUCUAGGAUUUACAAAGGCUGAAAAUGUAAAAAGACAUGAGAUGAUGGGAGAUGGUGUCAUGAGUGUAGUCGCAGAGAAAGGAGACGAGGCAGCAGCUGUGGCAUUGUCGGCCAUUAUUAAUGCCCUGUAUGAGACAAACAUGGUUGCCAUAGCGAGAAGAGUUUAUAAUGCAGCUUCUAGCCCCAGAGUUGGUUGUCUUAUCCCACAUUUAAAGGCAGGGUAUGAAUGUUUAUAUUGGUUUGAAUUACCUUUUAUGGAAGAUGUGCGGCAGUUUACAUUCGGAUCGUUGCCUGUGAAAGAAGAAAAUCAGACCAAUAAAAAAUACAAACCAUCAGCGGAUCAGUUGUCAGCUGUGGACAGUUUGAUAACAAAUAUGGACCUUAGCACAGCAGGACGGGAUGAGGAGGACAAACCAUGUGAAGUUUUGAAACCAAAGUUAACAUUUAACCCACACUUUCAGAGAUUAUAUCAGUGUUUACAACAUAGAGCACUCAAUCCGGAUGAUCCACUGCCAGAUUUGUCUCCCAUUAUAGCCAAUUCUCUAAAACCACCUGAAGAAGUUCUCACAAAUUGUUCACAAAGUAUGGAGACACUGAAGGAGAAGUUCAAGCUAGAGGUUGUGAAGAAAAAGGAAGAGAAGACAGGAGAAAACAUGUUUCAGGAAAAAGGAGAGUCUGACGGACCCCCUGCCAAGAAGGUCAAGGUCGAUGAUAACUUGGAUGGAGGCAUGGAAGAUCUGGCUAAAUCUAAAGUCACAGAGGUUGGUUCAACUACGCCUGUAGAUGACUUUAUUGCCAUCGUAAAUAGGAAAGAUGAAGAUAAAUUUGAAGAAGCAUGUGGACAAAUGCAGAAAAGAAUACAACAAAUUGUGUUGGACAGUUUUGGUGACCAGUUCUAUGAGAAAGCCAUGGACUGUCUGAAAUGUCUAAGAGAACAGUGUAUUAAGAAAUUAGAGGCCAAAUCGUACAACACAUUUAUUAAAGAGUUCAAGGAAACGCUGAUUUCAAAAGCAAGGAGGGACUUUCUUGACAAAUUAUGUACUGACAAGCAGGGCUUGAUCUCAAAACUGGAGUGUGAGGAUGGUGCAUCAGAGGACGAGGUCAAACAAUUUAAUGAGGGGGAGGAGUCACAGAAACCGGAACAACCAAUGGAAGAAGACUCUGCUGAUGAUCUGCUGGGUGAAUUGUAGAAGAGGAGCACCUGCCACAAAUGAGCACAUUGCCACAUAGAAAAAAAAAGAUUUAUCAACUUUCUGACCAAGAAUGUUUGUAAUAAUUUGUAAUUGACAGAAUUCUCUCUAUGAUUAUCUUUACAAAAUAUAUGUUUAAAAAAGCCGGGGUUCAAGGUAAUAAAACUUGAGUUUAGAGACCAGUUUUAGCAUUUGGCCCGACUUGGAGAUCAGUUUUAAAACUGUAGCAUUUUGCCCAAGGUUUUAAAACUUACGUUUGGUGACUAGUCUAAGAACAAGCAUUUGGCCCAAGGUUAUAAGACUUGAAUUUGGAGAUAAGUUUUAAAACUGAAGCAUUUGGCCCAAGGUUAUUGAGUUUGUAGACCAGUCUGAAAACUGUAGCUUUUGGCUCAAAGUUUAAAAACUUAUGUUUGGAGACCAGUCUAAAAGCAAGCAUUUGGCCCAAGGUUAUAAGACUUGAAUUUGGAGAUUAGUCAUAAAACUGAAGCGUUUAGGCCAAGGUUAUCAGACUUGAGUUUAAAAUGUCUUCAUGGUCCUAAAUCAAUAGUUUAGCGACCAAUCUUUAAACUGAAGCUUCUGAUAGGUUGUUUCAGAGCACUAAAUUUGAAAUUGACCAAUGGCAAACUUGUAUUUUGAUACUGUAGCAUCCUAGCAUAGACCUCUCAAGUUUGAUCGUAUGGUUCAGCUUGGCACCUUAAAGUGGCAGCUAGAGCUAUAAAAAGAAGAAAAACCUUAUCUUCAUCAAACUUUAUAUGUAGCAUUCAUUUAUUGAUCUCUCUUGCAUUUGUUCAGAUAGUUGCACUAUGCAUCUUUCAGGGGCUGUCGGGGUAAGAAAUAUUUUCAGAAAAAACAACUUAAGAACCACUGGAUUGAUCUGUAUUGGACCUGUCUUAAGUGUGUUGAAAAGGUUCCACUUGGCUCCUUUUAGCGGCUGUCUGAGCUAAAAAUAGAAGAAAAUAUUUCAACUUGCACUUGGUCUGUAGCAUCCUUGGAUAGAUCUUUCUUAAUUUAUUCAGUAUUACAGCUUGACUUCAGAACAUAAAGAGAAAAGUCUAGUUUCCCAUGAAGCUCUUGAUGGAUCUUUACCAGACUUGCCUUCAAUACCCUUGGUUUCAUUUUCGUUUGAAUGGUUACGAAUGCAGGCCAUCACAGCAAAAAAUUGAAAUGUUUAAUAACUAGUAAUGAACUUCAUAAUGCAUUUUCACCAAACUUGGUUAGAAGGUAGUUAAACUGGAAAAAGGUUUUCAGGUUAGUGAUUAGGGCCGAUUUAGGCCUCUUGUUUUAAUAAAUAUACUUUACGAAAGGUACAGAUGUAUAUAUGAUAUGGCUUUAUACUGUACAUUCAUCUGUGUAUAAGAAGUACCUGCAAAUAAAUUUGUUAUAAUUCUGUGUUAUUUUAUUGUAUAAGAAUGUUUUGAUAUGUAAAGUAGAUUUCUGUCUUUUUUUGUUUUACAUGUUGGUUACCUUUAUUACAAUAAAAAUGCAGCUUAGAAUAUUUCUUGUAGAUGUUCCAAAACCUGUAGAUGUUUUCUAUAUGAAGUGAAAUUAAAGUGUGUAUAGGAUAAUUACAUGUGAAUUAAGUCUUUGAAAUAGUUAAUAUUCAAAUGGUUUACCAGUCAAUGCCCUAUGUCCUUCAGACAAGUCAAAGAUAAUGUUUUUUAGAUUACAAGAAAAUUUCUUCAUUAUGGGCCUAUGAAAAAAAAGCAAGAUUAAAAGAAUUUUUUCUUUGAUCACAGAAUUUUGGACAAACUAAGAAAAAAUGAAAUUCGUUUUCAACUUGCUAUCACUUCAUAUCGCAUGACCUACAUAUAGUUUCCUUUUUAGGCUUGUUACCAUGCCCCAUUUCAAUUCACAAGUUAUAUAUAUGACUAGGCAAAUAUAUUUUGAUUCAGUUAAAACAACUUGUAACUUUGCAAUUAAAAAUUGUUUUUAUAUAAUAAAUACUCAAUAUUUUAUUCACACUGGCCUAGUUUUUGUGGAUUUCCUUACUAGUUGCUUACAUCCACGAAAUAAAUACUCACACAAGAAGUAAUAAUGAUGGUAGUUUUCUGUUUAUUUUAAUUUAUAACAUUUCAGAUACUGUGAAAUUAUUUAAUUUUGUAGGCUUUAAAUUGCAUCAUUUCUGUAAAUUUGGAAACAUGAUUUUUUUUGGAUUUUAAAUGUAAAGGAUAUAAUAAUUAUAAAUGGGCAUUUUUUUGUUGGGAUAAAAUUUUGUAGAUUGAUGCAACUGUGGAGUCCACGAAAAAUAGUCCCCUAUGAAUAUUAAUGAUUUCACUGUAAAAUAUUCAUGUCCCUCAAGCACUAAUAAUUUUUGCUAAAACCACAAAUUAUAGAGGAACUGAAGUGAUGGCACAGUAUUAUUUCUUAUAAAAAAAAUGUAGCUAUAAUUAAUAAUAAUAUAUGUGUUACUAAACUUUGCAGCUACAAAUGAAAAUAUAUUUAUCUACAAAUGAAAAUAUAUUUAUGACAGUUCUUCACAGGAAGAGAUGUUCAUUCAUUCAUUUGCAUUUUAUGGCAUUGUAUCAUUUGUAAAUGGUUUUUUUUUUCUAUUUUGUUAGUGAUUUUAAUAAAUACUAAAGUUGAAACAGAAAA